AUCUUGGUGACAAUUUACGUUAUCAACAGCAUCAACACUAACAAUAUGGCGCUAAACGUCAAUCUGGAAUCCAGGUAGCAAAAUUGUAAUCAACGAACCAUGGACGAUUAUAGGUUUUAAAAUGAUAAAGUAUAUGUGAAGUUCCAGCAAACUAUAUAUACCGCAAAGUGUGCGAAGUUGUCAAGUCCAUACACGCCGGUAACUGCACAUUUAUUUUGGGAGGUCGUUCACACAGUUCACGUUAUAUCUUGUUCAAUGUUUUGACUUUUUCGUGUAUAAAAAGUGUUAAUAUUAUCCUUUAGAUUGGAAUUACAUUAUUAAAAAUCAAAUGGAAGUAGAAAUAAAAUUAAAUCGAUGUCAUAUGUUUUCAAAAUGUGAUUGUUUUCAUGGUUUUGGUUACUACGAAAGUGCAUAGUGAAUUAGAGUCUCAGUGCUUUUCUGUUUUAGAAGCAUGUCAAAUGUAAAUAUAUUGUCAUUGGAUUUACAUCCUGCUAAUGUUCACAAAACACAUGGUGGUAAAAAAGGGUCAACAUCACUAAUUAAAUAUGACGAUGAACUUAUUCCUAUAGUUACACCACGACUAAAUCAAUCACAGGGUUCAAAACGAGUGGCGGCAGGACCUAUUGUCACCACUAGUGAUGAAGAAAGUGACAGUUUGCCGCCAAGUCCGCGAUCUAUUGAUACAUCUGUAAAUCAGAAUCGUGAAGCUUGUGAACACGAUCAUGACUAUGAAAAUGUGGCAUCACCCAGUGGCAGUAGUACUGCCAGUGGCCCUACAUAUGAACGACCUCCUGGAUUUAAAUUCCACGCACAUGAAAUAAAAAAGACUAAAAAGAAAAAGACAAGUGUUUAUUUUGGUGACUUUAAAACUGGAUUAAAGAAACGGGCGCCUACACCUCCAAAAGUCAAACCUAGAAGAGACUCAGUUCCUAUGCGGUUGCGUGCUUUACCACAGUCAUUUUGGAAACAACCAAAUUGUCCAAGCAAUGUGUCACCUGGUAACCUGUUUCCUUCAUUACCACCAUUAGGGACUAAGGAAACAGGGGAAGACUUUCAAGAUGUUCGACCAAUAACACCCCCAGAAGACAAGAUGAAGAAACCAUCUCGACCUGCUCAAGAGAGAAAGCUUAUAAUAACAGGAGAUACUGACUUAUGGAUGAAGAAACUGUUUGAUAGAGUCAAACCGGAAGGUCAUAAAGAUCAAGGGUCAAUUAGAAGGGGGAACAGACAGAAGAAGGUUACAAUUCCUACCAAAGUUCACAUUACUAACUCUAAAGCUAUUGUUUCUGGAGAAGAUCCUUAUUUGGUCGAUACCAUCGCUGACAAGUAUUUACCGCAUUUGUCAUUGGACCAUAAAAAUGGCUAUGGAGGAAUGGCCUCCUUACAAUUAGUGACAUUACGUGAAGGUGAUAAAUCUGUGACACUGCCUUCGUUAAGUGUGGAACAAAAUUAUUCACAAAUGUUAACCGAACUAGUGAUGAACAUAUAAAAAGGGACAAAAAAUACCUAGUCCAAUUGAAAUGGAGGACAAGUUGUUAAAGAUGUCAUGUGAUCAAUUGUUGAUGUCAUGUGAUCAUGGUUGUUAAAUUUGGACCAAUUUUACAAGAGAAUAUAAGAGACCUGUUAUUUAUGGUUAAUUUUAUGUGUUGUUACGGAUAAUUUAUAUUUGUUUGGUUUUUGUUAAACAGAAAGAAAACUUCCGGUGUUCUUGAACUGAUAAGGAUCAUGGUUUAUAAUUAAGAACAAAAUUUGUUAAAGGAUAUUUUUAUCAGAGUUAUUUUUACAUGAUAUUCAGGAAUUUUAUGGGUGACUUUUUUGUGGCCAGCUAAAAUUUGAAAUGUAAAAUGCAUUUAUGUUUUUUUCCCCUAAUGACGUUGUACAAAGAUACCCCACAUAGUUGAGUGAUAUGGUUUGUGCACAAUAAAGUUUAGAAGUUGUUGAUUGUGAAUUUAACACAAAAAGGUCACUUCUUUGAAACAGUGUUUGCCAUUUGUUUCAGAGAGUGUCCGCGGCUGCACAUUUGAAUGUCAUUUUAUUGUAAAUGUACAUUAUUUUUGUACACAGUUAAAAUACACACUGAUAUCAUCAUAUUUGUUUUUAGAAUACACGAUCUGAUGUCGUCAUCAUUUUCAAAAAAACUUUUAUUUAACCAUUAUUUGUAAAUAUGUCAGUUGUAUGCCGUCCAUUUUCAAAGGGAGCUAACUCUUGAAUUGUUCACAUGUCAACAUCUUUGUUAUAAGUAUUCCCUCCAUUUUACAUCCCAUAAUUCUCACUUUGAAUCAUGGGAUAGCUGUAUCUGUGAUAUUGUAUUUAUUUUUGUUAUUUAUUUAUAAUUAUUGGAAAUUUUUAAAUUCUGUUGUUUGUUUUGUCGAUGAAAGUAAACUUGCAAAUUUUCAUUUGCUUCUAAUUUAAGGUUUUUGAUAAAGAUUUAGUUGGAAUUGACAUUUAUAAUUACAUGUUGUUAUAAGGGAAACUAAAAAUGUUUGAAAAAUUGUUAAAAUUAUUUUUUAUACAUUGUGUUCAAAAGAACUUGUGAAAAAAAAACAUUUAAUAAAUUUGGAAAAUUAGAAAAGAUUAUUUUGAAACAAUGUUAUUGGGAGUAAAGACACUUUUUUUGCAAAAGGGGGGGAGAGGUGGCAGUCAAAAACUGGUAUUACCUUAUGACAGUUUUCUUUUCAUGGACAAUUAUACCAACAUUGUUUAAACAAAUAAUAGUAUAUAUUUUGUGCAGUGUGUAGACUAUGAAGUAUUAGGUAAUAUUGGACAUUGAUCUUAAACAAUGUAAUUGUUUGUUAUAUAUAUUUAGUGGUCAAUUACUUGACCACUGUAAGCCUGGACCAAGGUAAGUGUAUUUCUCUCUUCCCUUUCAAUUGGGGACAUGUCUUGUUUGUAUUUUUUUCUGUCCAUCUCAACUCAAAAUACAGUUUUAUAAUUAAUUUCAAGGAUAUUUUUUGGCACUGUAUAUUUUUGUCUACUAUCCAGUCAAUAAAUAGUUCAUGAAAAGUCAAUGUUCAUGUUGUCCUUAAAAUUUAAAAAUAGCCCAAAACUGGUAAAGUAUCAAGACUUCAACUGUAAUUGUUGUUAAAAAAAUAUAGUAGUCAAAAAAAAAAUCUAGUUUUAUCGAAAUUUACAUAUUUUAGAUCAUAAAUUAUAUGUUUUUCCAAAUAUUAUUACGAAGUUUGAUUUUUAGGACUGCCUUGUAUUCUCUUCUACUUUGUUUUUAAUUAAUGUAAAUUAAUGCUUUGUUCUUCAGAGUGCAUUAAUGUAGCUAACUUUAUGUGAUGACAUUUGCCAACUUAAAAUGUAUGAUAUAUUUAAUUUAAAUUAUGAAUGUCUUUUAUAAAGAUUUUAUCGUUUUAAAUGGGUUGUUCAUUAUAUAGGAAUUACGUCAAACAAACCGUCCAUUAAUACUAUAUUUAUUUUGUUAUGCAUGACUGACUUUUAUUGCCUUUUUAUCGAUUUAAGUCACAUUUCUGAUCAUUUCUUAUUCAUUUCUUUUUUUCUGAAUUAAUAGUCCACAAUAUUUACAGAUAACAAUUUGAAUUUAAAAUUGUUUUUUAAUACCAAUCUUUACUUAAAGGAUAUUUUUUCAAAACAUUCCAGAAUUUCACCCUAAUUGACAUAAAACUUCAUUACGCAGACACCUUGGUACAACAAGUACUUAUAUAUUGGACCUAAGUAUUUAGAUAUAUAAAAAAGCAUGAUACUUAAUUUCAGAAAGAUUUUUUAAGUAUUUAAAAGAAAAUAUUUUGCUUCUCAUAUUUAACUUAAAUUUAAGAUUGUUUGUUUGGGGUUGGUUUGGGGAGUAUUUUUAUAAGAUUACACGAAUUGAUUGUUUGUUUGGGGUUGGUUUGGGGAGUAUUUUUAUAAGAUUACACGAAUUGAAAUAUUAUCAAAUGAAUAGCUGGGGAAAAAUGAAACAAAGUAACUUCUUUUAAUAAAUUGGGCACACAUGAUAAAAUUUUUGGUUUUGGACUAAUUGUCUUUAAGUUUAUUAUUUUAGCCAUGGUCUAAUCUGUCUUUCGAAUUUUUCAUUAAGAAAUUAAUGGCCGUUAGGUAUAUUUUAUAUUACCGGAUAAAACAAGAAAAUCUUUUCUUAAGCAAAUUAUGCUCUUUAGAGCAUUGUACCUUAAACUCUACUGAAUUAAAUAUUGAAUAAAAACUAAUAUGAAGAAGAAACAAUGUCAUGAAUGUAUUGAAAAUUCAUCAAUUGUCCUAGCUCAAAUGAACAGUGGAGAGAUAUUUUGUAAGUCAUUAUUUGGAUUUUACUGUAAAUAUCUCAAAAUUACAGUAAGGUCAAUAAUUGAUAACUGAAAAAUAUCUUCUUCAGGAGAUAAGAUAUAGAAAUUGAUAGAAUAACUGUAAAUAUCGAUAUAUUCUACUUUCGAUUUUUCGUUGAGUUUAUCGAUAAAAAAAAUAGCAGUCUUUUUAAAAAUUUCUUAUCUGAAUAUUUCUUAAUUUUAAUUUUGUUUAUUUUCGUAUUUUUAUAGAUAAAAUCAGAAACGUGACAUGUUUAAAUAACUUACAAACACAAUUAGUAUUUUAAAAGUUAGAUCGUGACAAAAUUGUACUGUUACAUUUUUUAUUUUAAUCUUUUUAAAUUAGUUAUUGAUUUUCAGGAACAAAUGUUGUAAUAGGUUUAAAAAAUAAUGCCUUGGUUUUCUCAGGCUUUUAAAUUGUUGAUAUUUAUUAUAUAUCUGGAGAAUUUAUUAUUACUUAAAGUACCAAGUAUUACAUGACGUUUUAAUUUAUUUAUUUAUUUAUUACAAUUCAUCUGUAUACCUAUGUAUUGACUGUUUAAAAGUGCUUUAAAGUGGCAAAUAUGAGGGGUCUGGAAGGGUGUAUUUCAUAUCUAUUCCUUAUCGUUUUAGACUGGUUUUUUUUCUCUUUUUUUUUAUUCAUUUUUUCCAUUAUUCAAUCUUAUAAAUAUAUCAGCAUCCAUUAUUCUCUAUUCUUUAUAUUAUUUGUAUUUUAAUUCUGCAAUUUAUACCCUUUAUUUUCUAUUAUGUAAACCCCUCCCUGACCCUCAUGUAUACUGACCAAUAUUUAUGAUCCACUGUCUCGAUUCUGUCCAAUAUAUUUGUUUAUUAAUUUAUUUGUAUCAUAUUUUAUAAAUAUUGUUUUUUACAAUUUUCUUUAUUGCUGUGUAUUUAAUGUGUGCUGUGUUUUACACUCAAUUUAAGGGGAGAUAACUCCCUUACUACUUAUUUUCUUUUUCUUUUGAUUAUCCAUAUUUUACUGAGUUGAAGCCCUAUUUACUUUCUUUAAUCAGCCUCAAAACAUCAAAUUGCUAAUGUUGGAAUAUAUUUCCAAGACAGAAACACAAUUUGGGUAGCCAGCUGACUAAAGAAAUAACUGCUAUAAAAUGACUUUGGCCUCUCUUGAAUUUGGAAUUGCCUUUUAAACUUUUAAAUUAGAUUUUCACCUUUAUUUGUGAAAUCUAUGAAAAGUGGUUUCAAACGAAUCAUAAUUAAUACAUUGUACAUAAAAUUGGAAAUGGGGAAUGUGUCAAAGAGACAACAACCUGACCAAUUAAAAAAACAACAACAGAAGGUCACCAACAGGUCUUCAAUGUAGCGAGAAAUUCCCUCACCCGGAGGCGUCCUUCAGCUGGCCCCCAUGUAUAUCAGUAUUGUGUUUAGACACUUGGAAAUAUUACGUCAUAUUCUUGGGUAUGUCAAAUUAACUUAUCAUAAAGCAUCAAAAUUGUAAUUCUUGAAAUAUUUAUCCUGAUGAAAUUUUCAAGUUUUUCUUAACCUUUGUUUAAAAAGAAAUACAUCUAACAUUUGACAUUUUUUUUAUUGAUAUUUAACUUCAAUGCAUUCCAUUUAUCAAUUUGUACAUUAUUAGAAAAUGAUGAAAAUAUUGGAAUCAUCAACAUUUUACUGUUUUUAUCAAAACACUAUUUUUAUUAUUUAAGUUACACAUAGCAACUACCUGCUUAUGCUCAAAUACCUAUUUUUGAAGUGGCCAUGUCAUAAGUUGACUUUUUGAAACUGUGACAUUAUUCAUUUUCCGUCCAUUCUUUUUCUACUCCAGCAGUCCUAUAAAUGAAUAUUUUUACAAAAAAAUACAUGAUAUACAAAUAGUUUUAUUGUGACUUGGAUGGAGAGUUGUCUCAUUGGCACUCAUACUACAUCUUCCUUUAUCUAUUAACAAAUUUUGAAAUCCAAUGAAAUAUAAUUAUGUCCAUAUAUAUUCUUCACUAGCCGUCCAAUGAAUAUUUUUACAAAAAAAUGAUAUACAAAUAGUUCUAAUCAAAUUUUGAAAUCCAAUGAAAUAUAAUUAUUCAGCUUCUGUUCAUAUUUAUUCUACACUAGCCAUCCCAUGAAUAAAUGUUUUUUUUUUACCAAAAAAACUAAUCUACAAAUAGUUUUUGAAAAAAAGUAUGAAAUCCAAUGAAAUAUAAUUAUUACUUGUAGUUCACAGUGUUUUAAAUUGUGUUCUUUAUAAGAAUACAAGAGUUAUCUACCAUCUUGUGAGAUGUUUCUGAGUUGACUCCCUUUAUACUGAUUCUGUUGUUAUUCAUGAGCUUGUAAACAUUUUAAAAUCAAUUAGAUGUUAUACAAGUUAACUUGAAAUGUAUAAAAUGAUUAAAAAUAAUCUUAAAAAAGCA